AGGUGGUGGUGGGGUGCAUCAGUAGCCUCCAACAUGUCCCAGCCAGCCAUUGACAUGUCGUCGAGGUUAACACGUGAGGAGCGGAUAGAAAUUGUGUUGAUGUCUGGUGAACGCAGUAACCGGAUCAUUGCAGAUUUCAAUGCAAGACACCCUACGAGACCACCCAUCUCCCUUGCUACAGUUAGCAAACUGCUUGCUAAGUUUCAUGAAACUGGUUCAGUGUUGGAUUUGCCAAAAUGUGGCCGCAUGAAAUCUGUCACUAAUGAAGAAACAUCAGUGGCUGUCCUAGCUUCAUUCAACAAGAGCCCACUGCGUAGCACUCGCUGCAUGUCACUGGAGAGUGGCAUUAGUCGAACAUCCCUUCAGCGGAUAUUAGCUACUCACAAAUGGCUCCCUUACAAACUCCAGCUACUGCAGCAUCUCUACGAGGAUGACCCAGAUCGGCGCACUGAAUUUGCAGAAUGGGCAAAACAAAAAUUGGAACAGGACCCUCAGUUUACACAGAAGAUUUUGUUCAGUGAUAAGGCAAACUUUUAUGUGAAUGGGGAAGUUAACAAACAAAACCACCGCUAUUCGUCUGACACUAACCCACAUUGGAUAGAUCCCUCCAAGACUGUUGGAACACAAAAAUUGAUGGUAUGGUGUGGUAUAUGGGGUACAAAGAUAGUGAGGCCAUUCUUCAUCAAUGGAAACCUCAAGGCCACUGGAUAUGCGAAAUUGCUACAUGAUGAUGUGUUUCCCUCUUUAUGCACUGAAGCUGGCACGUUCCCUGAGUUUUUUCAGCAAGAUGGUGCAGUACCACAUUAUGGGUGUCAGGUCCGAGCAUUCCUAGAUGAACAGUUUCCUGGAAAGUGGAUUGGUCUUCAUGGGCUAGUUGAAUGGCCCCUAAGGUCUCCCGAUCUGAUCUUUGGGGUCUUCUGAAGGCAAUUGUCUAUGCUGUGAAGAUACGAGAUGUGCAGCACCUGAAACUACGGAUGCUGGAAGCAUGUGCUAGCAUUUCUCCUGCGGUGUUGCUAUCAUUGUGUGAAGAGUGGGAGAAGAGGGUUGCAUUGACAAUCCAACACAAUGGGCAGCACAUUG